AUGCCGUUGCUGCCAACCCUGCCAGGGAAGACAACACACGGCAACCACUGGCUCGUCCCGUCCCACCACCAGUGCUCGUCAGAUAUAUCUUACAGCGGCAUGGAACUGGGUGUGCCCGUUGCGACCAUCAUGACGUGCGGCGCGCCCACCGGCCAGGCCAAAACGGGGGCGGGCGAAGUCGCGGCCAUGGCCAAGCGCGACGGCGAGGGCGCCGACGUGACAUACGGGAAACUGAUGCCGGUGGCCGACUCGAUUGAAAAGGGUCUGCCCAUUGGUCUGGCACACGGUAUUGUGCUGAAGCGCAACGUCAAGAAGACCUUAUCGCGGUUCGUAGUAAUAUACAGCGGCGCCAAAGCUGGCGUCAUGUGCUGUAUAACGUCUCGUCCAGGCCAAGCCUACUCUUUUCAGCGGUCUAGACGCACUCCUCGCACUGAAAAUGACUAA